AUGAGGGCCUUUAAGGCCAGACACCGCAGCAGCAGGCGCAAAUCUGGGCUGUCGCGUCAGAUUUCCAGUGUCGAGGCGGCGCGCGGCGACGGCGCGCAGCGAGCGCGCGAGGCACCCGCUGCAGCGGCGCCCGCGACCGCGGGCGCAGUAGCGACGGCCCCGCCACCGCCUGCGCCGCCCAAGCUGCUGCUCGACAAGCUCACGAGUUUCUCGCUGUUCCAAGACGCGCCCCCAUCGUUCUUUGCGCAGAUCGCGCACACACUCAAGCUGGUCACGCACCACUCGCAGGAGUACAUUAUAAAGGCCGGCGAGCCCGCCAAGGCGAUGUACUGGAUCCUGCGUGGGUCGGUCAACGUGACGUCGCCCGACGGCGAGACCGUGCACGCGCAGCUGCUCGAGGGCGCGUACUUCGGCGAAAUCGGCAUUCUGUUCAACCGCCCGCGCACGGCGACCAUCGUCGCCAACACGCGGGUGCUGCUGGGCGUGCUGACCGCAGAGAACCUCAACCAGGUGCUGCCGGACUUUCCGACCGUCGAGCGUCAGAUCCGCGACGAGGCCCAGGAGCGCCUGGCCAUGCAGGACAAGAAGAUCAAAAGCGGCGUCGCGAGCCUGCUCACAGCCAGCGUCGCGUGGAGCGGCGGCACCGGCACCGGCGGAAGCCAAAGCCACAGCGAUGGUGUGUCUCCGGGCGCCCCGUCAUCGCACCCGACUCCGCCGCCGCCGCCGCUGCUGGACGACUCCAUUUCCAUCCGCCAGUUUCUGCAAAGCCUGCCGCUCUUCUCCACGCUGCCGCCCGAGGUCCCGCACCGGCUCGCGCUGUGCGUCGAGUUCAAACAGACCCAACCAUACGAAUACAUCUUCCGCUCGGGCGAAGAGGGCUCUUCAGUCUACUUCAUUGUUAGCGGCGAGGUCGAGGUCCUGACCAAGGAUCCCAACGACCAGCAGGAAAAAGUGCUGGCGCGUGUCGGCCCGGGCCAGAUCUUCGGCGAGUGUGAGAUCUUCUGCACCCUAGGUGGAGACCUCUCGCACCACGUGCGUUUCGCAGAUGUUCGCUCUGUGUCUUCGUGCACGCUUCUCGUCCUGCCGGGCGAGACGCUGAACCGCUUUUGCCAUGAGUUUUCACAGAUCGGGCCUAAGCUCAGGAUGGCCGCCGAGGGCCGCAAGGCAGAGCUGUUCACGCCCUUGCUCCACGAAAGUGCCUGCCGGAAGCGCCGUGCUUCUGACGACACGCUCUCGGCUCCGCCUAGCAAGGAGAGCACUCCCGUUUCCGACCUUCAGCCUAGCAACGGCACAAUUAGCACUACGCCCUUCUCGUCUCUCUCGUUCAACCCAAAGUUCUCGUUCAAUCCCGCGCCUUCGCGCCCGGCACCUGUCUCCGUACCCUCACGGGCAACUUCUCCCGCCGCAUGCCCAGAUGAACCCCUGGAGCUUCACGUUCCGCCCAUGAACUCCGUUACCUCAAGCGUUUCAUUUAAAAUCCAGCAUCCCGCGCCUCUUCACUAUAUGUCACACCGGAAGCGCGCCAGGCUCUCUAGCAUAGGACAAGGGCCCAAUAGGCGCAAGUCCUCGGUUUUGAGCGUGGGCCCUCUUCCAGAUCGCCUCUUGCUAAGAUGCUUCCAGUUCCUAAGUCUCCCAGAGCUUAUGAAACUGCGGCUUGUUUGCAGGCGCUGGCGGCAGCUUCUCUACGUUGCUCCCGGUCUGUUUGAAGUCUUGGAUUUGACUUCCUGGAGCAACUCCAUAGACGACAAGUCGCUUAUAGAGAUUACGAACUUCGUAGGCUCGCGGCCUAAAGUCAUUGACGUCUCAAGGUGCUUUCACGUUACCGACGAGGGAUUCUCGUACAUGAUCAAUGAAAUUGGCAUAAAUGGCCAGUUGAAAGUAGUGAAAAUGCAAAGUUGCUGGGAGAUAAGCGCAAUGGCCAUCAUGGAUAUAGCCGCGCCAUCCAUUGGCAGUUCGAUUGAAGAAAUUGACCUUACAAAUUGCAGAAAGGUUAAGGACGAUGUUGUACAGCGACUACUGGGUUGUAUCGAGCCGACUGCCGGAAAUCCGCGCUCCAAAGACGACUUCAAUAGCUGGAUAUAUCCAUUGGAUGAACCGAUUCCCGGCAUGGAGGCACUAGACUCUCCUGCGAACCGGCAUGGCAGCGUUGGCUGCCCUAACCUGAAGAAACUUUCCCUGCGCUAUUGCAAGUCUUUAACAGAUUCGACUCUUCACCACAUCGCGCUUCGUACCCGCCAGACCCUAACAACGCUGGACCUCACCCGCUGCACAGGACUAACUGACGUUGGGUUUUCUUACUGGGGCUACCAAAAUUUUGCAAACCUAGAAAAGCUGGUGUUGAGUGAGUGUACCUUUUUGACUGACAACUCCAUCAGGUGGAUUGCGAAUUGCGCUCCCCGUCUCAGGGAACUCUAUCUCUCUUUCUGUUGUUCACUAAAGGACACUGCUUUAGAGUUUUUAUGGCUGGGCUGCCCAGGGCUAGAAAUAUUAGACCUGAGCUUCUGCGGGAGGGCAGUGAGCGAUAUUUCGCUUUUAGGUUUAUCGAUGCAUUUGAGAAAGCUACAACGCAUUUCGCUUAAAGGCUGUUUGAGGGUCACAAGGUCUGGACUUGAUUCGCUGCUAUGCGGAUUCACAUCCCUAACCUAUAUCGACAUAUCUCAAUGCAAGAAUGCGCAUAUGUACCAAGGUGGAAUAGAGGCAGUGAAGUUUGAGCCAACAGCCGGGUCUAGAAGUGUAUUUUUGACCAUGGAGGACAAUAAGGAUAGGUGUGUUGAAGUUGUUAUUUAA